CCAGGGGACCCUCCUCCCGGCCGCCGCUCCGCUCCGUGUUUGUGUAUGUGGAAUGCGGGUCAAGCGGAACUCACGGCACAAACAGCGCCUCUCGUCAAACUCAAACACCGGCUCGCCGCCGCCCGACGCGCUCACGUCCUCAAGCCGGAGCUCCGCAGGCAGACGACAAUGAAGAGAAGCAGGCACCCGAGCAGCAGCGAUGACUCGGACAAUGGAAGUAGUUCCACAUGUUGGUCCCAACAUUCAUCACAGCCCAGGAGAGGGACCGGACAGAAACCCUCAGAGGUGUUCAGGACGGACCUCAUCACAGCCAUGAAGGUUCACGACUCGUACCAGCUGAACCCGGAGGAUUAUUACGUCCUGGCCGACCCCUGGAGGCAGGAGUGGGAGAAGGGAGUCCAGGUCCCAGUGAGCCCCCAGUCCAUCCCACAGCCGGUCGCCAGGGUGCUGGCGGACAAAGGAAAAGAAGUCAUGUUCAUCAGGCCAAAGAAGCUGAUCCGGACGUCGGGCGCCGAAGCCCUCGGAUACGUGGACAUCCGGACGCUGGCGGAGGGGAUGUGUCGCUACGACCUGAACGAGGAGGACGUCGCCUGGCUGCAGAUCAUCAACGAGGAGUUCACAGAGAUGGCCAUUCCGCCGCUGGACGAGAUCACCAUGGAGCGGGUGAUGGAGGAGUUCGAGCGCUGCUGCCACGACAACAUGACGCACGCCGUGGAGACGGAGGAAGGUCUGGGCAUCGAGUACGACGAGGACGUGGUGUGUGACGUCUGCCAGUCGCCCGACGGGGAGGACAACAACGAGAUGGUGUUCUGCGACAAGUGCAACAUCUGCGUCCACCAGGCCUGUUACGGCAUCCAGAAAGUCCCGAAGGGCAGCUGGCUGUGUCGGAUCUGCGCCCUCGGCAUCCUGCCAAAGUGCCAGCUGUGUCCCAAGAAGGGCGGAGCCAUGAAGCCGACCCGGAGCGGAACCAAGUGGGUCCACGUCAGCUGUGCCUUGUGGAUUCCAGAGGUGAGCAUCGGGAAUCCUGAGAAGAUGGAGCCGAUCACCAACGUGUCCCACAUCCCCAGUAACAGAUGGGCUCUGAUCUGCUGCCUGUGCAAAGAGAAGACCGGAGCCUGCAUUCAGUGCUCGGCGAAAAACUGCAGGACUGCCUUCCACGUGACCUGCGGCCUCCACGCCAGCCUGGAGAUGAACACCAUCCUGACGGAGGACGACGAGGUCAAGUUCAAGUCCUACUGCCCCAAACACUCGGGCCUGGAGGGCGCCGAGUCCAGGGAGCGAGACUCUGGAGGCGAGGAGGAGAAGGAGGCUGCCAGAGACAAGAAGGGCCGGAGGAGAGGCCGGGUCAGAGGGGAGGAAGACGCCUCCUCCUCGCCUCCCCGCCUUGGCCCUCAGCUCCUGGACCAGACGCCCGGCGACCCGGAGGAGCUCGGCAGCCGCCAGCAGGAGAGCCGAGUCAACCACCGCAAGCUGAAGCUGCAGGAGAUGGAGGAGUACUUCUACCAGUUCGUGGAGGUGGAUGAGGUGGCCGGCAACCUGAAGCUGCCUCCGGAGGUGGUGGACUUCCUCUACCAGUACUGGAAGUUGAAGCGCAAAGCCAACCACAACCAGCCGCUGCUCACACCCAAAAAGGACGAGGAGGAGAGUCUGGCCCGGCGGGAACAGGAGGUGCUGCUGAGGCGCCUCCAGCUGUUCACCCACCUCCGACAGGACCUGGAGAGGGUCCGUAACUUGACCUACAUGGUGACCAAGAGGGAGAAGAUGAAACGUUCGCUGUGGAGAGUCCAGGAGCAGAUCUUCCAGCACCAAGUCCGACUGCUGGACCACGACCUGCUCAGCGGCAACCCUUCAUCCAAGGACCUGGAGAAGCUCUUCUCUCUGGGCUGGUUAUCCUCUCAGGGCUCCCAGUCCGGCUCCUCCUCCUGGAGCCACUCUGGACUCAAGACCAAACGAGGCUCUUCGAAGCAGGAAAGGAGGAAAAGCGGAGACAGAAGAAGCCACGACGACUCAUCGCACACUUACAGGAAGGACAAUCCGAGCGAGAAGGACGGCAGAAGCUCCCGACUCGCCGACGUCGAGUUCGCCGAUGUCGUGGGCGACGCCAAAACCCAAGACUCUGACAUCAAGCCAGAGAUCAUUCAGGAAACAAAGCUGCAUAAAGCCGAGAGCAGGAAAGGUCCGAGGAGGGAGGCCGAACAGGAAGUGCUGUCGAGACGGAAACGAGAAAGGAGGAGUGAUGAAAGCUUCAGUCAGCCAAAGGGCAGGUUCGGGUCAAAGCAUCUGGAGAAGACGGUGUCCAUCCGGCUGGUGGACAUCAGGAACUCGGACUCAGACGACUACUUCAUGGAAGAGGGGAGAAGCCACGUUUCUCUGGAUGUGACGGCCAACAACACUAAGCUCAGCAAAGACGCAACCACAAAAGCCAACGGCUGGCUGAGGAAACCCCAAACGAACGGCUCGCCCAACGGACACCUGAAGAGUUGGGGGAAGUUCAGGAUCCCCAAGAGGAGCGACAAGCCUUCGACCAUGAAGGAUGACGAAGAUGAGGAGGAAGAGGAGGAACGACGUAAACCUCUUCUCAGGCCGCUGACCAACACGCCAGAGUCGACCUACCCCAGAACUCGACUUCGAACUGGGACGGAAAGUGACGAAUUUGAGUCCAAAUCGGGUGACGGUGAGCUGGAGCCCUGCUUGAAGAGAUGCCACUCUCACCAGCUGAGGGGCGAUUCGUCUCUCGGGCGUCGCUACGGGUCCGACAUCAUCCGGCGAGGUGUCCUUGCGUCAUGAUGGCGGCGAUACGGGUCCGACACCAUCCAGCAAGGAGUCCUGGCCUCCUUGUGGCGACACUAAAGGUCCAACACAAUCUGGCAAGGACUCCUGACUUCCCCAUGGUGGCCCUAUGGGUCUGACAUCAGCCAGUGAAAAUUCCUGGCUUCCUGAUGGCAGCACUACAGGUCCGACACCAUCUGGUGAGGAGUCUUGGCCUCCUGGUGGUGGCACUAAAGGUCCGGCACUAUCUGGCAAGGAGUCCUGGCCUUAUUGUGGCAGCACUAAAGGUCCGGCACAAUUCGGUGAGGACUCCUGAAAUCCUGGUGAUGGCGCUACGGGUCCGACGUCAGCCAGUCAGGAGUCCUGGCCUCCUGGUAGUGGCAUUAAAGGUCCGACACUAUCCGGCAAGGGCUCCUGACUUCAUGGUGGUGGCGCUACGGGUCUGACACCAUCUGGCAAGGACUCUUGGCUUCUUUGUGGCGACAUGAAAGAUCCAAUGCUAUCCGACAAGGACUGGCCUCCUGGUGGCGGCACUGUGGGUCCGACACCAUCUGGCGAGGUAUCCCGGCAUCCUAGUUGUGGCGCUACGGGUCGGGCGUCAUCUGGCAAGGAGUUCUGGCCUCCUUGUGGCGGCACUAAAGGUCCAACACUAUCCGGCGACGACUCCUGACUUCUGAUGGCGGCGCUACGGGUCCGACAUCCUCUGGCAAGGAUACUUGACUUUCUGGUGGCAGUGCUAUGGGUCAGCCGUCAUCUGGCAAGGACUCCUAGCUUCCGUGUGGCGGCACUAGAGGUCCGACACUAUGCGGCGAAGAUUCUUGACUUCCUGGUGGCAGCACUAUGGGUCCGACAUCAUCUGGCAAAGAGUCCUGGCCUCCCGGUGUCGGUUCUGGAUAAAAUAAGCUGCACCGUGUAGUCGGAAAUGAACGUCAGUCCCUCUUUGUACCUUUAUUUUUCUUGAUGAAUCAUAAAAAAUUGCUAGAUUAGUAAAAAAAAAAAACAGAGCAGAUAUUUAUUUUUUAUUUGUAACAUAUGUAAAACUGGGAAAUAUUUUACUUUAUGCUAGUUUUUUUUAUUUUUAUUUUUUCUUCCCUCAGAGUAGAAAGAUGUCAAGUUGCCACUUAAAUCUCGCUCAGAUAUUUACAAGCAGCAACAAGGGAGAAGUUGUGAUUGUUGCUUGGGACCAUAAGCUUGCAAUGUUUUUUUUUUAAAAUAGUAUUAAACUCGACUCAUGAGUCAGUUGCACUUAGUUGGAAAAACAGAUAAUCCUCAUCCUGUCAGCCAAUAGGACUGUAUAGGUUUAUUUUUAUUUUAAAUGAAGCUUCAUUGGAUGUUAACAGCUACAAACAUCAAACAAACUGCCCUUUUUAUCGCUAUUUAAACCCAUCAGUCUGCGAUUGUUAAACAGAAUGAACUGAGAAAAGAUGUUUUACUCGUCAUCAGCACUCAAGUGUAAUUGAACUGCGAUCGUAUCCAUCAUGUGCCUAACUUUUAUUUGAAGCGUUUGCACUACGAGAGGACGGCACAGGAGAGAGGUCUGAGUAGAGUUAUUUUUACACUGAAAAAUAAAAAAAGCGUUUUUUGUACCCUCGGCCGCUGCUGUACUACUGUUAUGCAAAAUAAUGAUUUUUUUUUGGUCGUUGUCUUAAAGAGGAAAUUAAAAAAUACUCUGGAAGACUUGCA